AUGCUUGACACCGGUAAUGUCGUUCUAUAUAAUUCAAGCGGAAUGAUCUUUUGGCAAAGUUUUGAUUUCCCUACAGAUACCCUUUUGCCAGGUCAACGUCUACUCGCAGGACAUGAGCUGUUCUCUAGUCUAUCAGAAACCGAUCACUCCACAGGAAUAUUUAAGCUCAACAUGCAAAGUGACGGCAACCUUGUUCAAUACCCAAAUGAAAAUCCACAAACAAUCCCAAAAUCAUAUUGGGCAACAGGUACGAAUGGUCAAGGUGACAAUGUGACAUUAAAUCUUGAUGAUGAUGGUCACCUUUAUUUGGUUAAUAGGAAGGGUAAAACUAUCUAUAAUCUAUUCACCGGUGGAAAUUCCGUCAACGGGAUGAUUUUUUACCGUAUGACGAUCGACAUCGAUGGGAUCUUCAGAGUCUAUUCCAUUAUUAAUGUGAAUCAGAAGAGUUACUACUGGUCGAUCAAAUGGGAGUCAUCCACCGAUAAGUGUAAACCCAAGGGCAUUUGUGGUUUGAAUGCUUAUUGUACUCUCAUGAAUAAGACAGCCCUAUGUGACUGUAUUCCCGGUUUCAGCUUCAAAGAUGAGAGUCACCAUAAUUUGGGUUGCGAGCGAAAGUUAAAUGAUGAGGAUUGUGGAAACGAAACAAUGUCUACGUUGAAGAACACCGAAUGGGAAGAAAAUCCAUAUUACGCAAUUCUAUCAUCCACUACUGAAAGAGAAUGCAAAGAGGCUUGCUUGGCAGACAAGUACUGUGAAGCUACAUCAUUUCCAGACAAGCAGUGUAGAAAACUGAGUUUCCCGUUGAGAUAUGGAAGAAAAUUACAAGAUACAACCACCACUACAAUUUUUGUAAAGUCAGCAGGUAAGAGUUGCAGUGCCACAUGA